UUCUACCAUUCAAUAUAAUGGUGAUGAUUUCUCUAUCACUUAUGCAGAUGGUUCAAGUUCUCAUGGUUGGAUAGAAAUGUCUCUCACCAAGAACACCAAGAAUGGUAGCUGGUUCAACACAAACAUCAAAGAUGCCAGGAACUCUUCUUUCGCUAAAGAUAUCAAGAAUGUCAGUUACUG